AUGGUUUCUGUCCGACCUGGCAACCUGGACGAUGAGCCGGAUGCAGUAGGCAGUAUGGCGGACGGCGAGAGUGAUAUAGAAACUGACGGGCUUGAGUUAGCUCUAGAGUCGCUAUGCAGUCGUUAUUGCAGCGACGUGUCCGACCCAAAAAGCAAAGACUAUUGUUCUGAGUUUUGUACGUUGGUGGAAGAGUACACGGGCCAGUGGCAAGUUCCUCUCCCCCAGCUGAAAGUGCUGCGGACGGCACUCUGCAGUUUCACAAAAGCCACAGCCAAAUUCCCCGAUGGCUGCCAACACAUCCAUAACCUCCUCAGCCGCCUGGCCUUGAGUUUCUUCGAGCUGAUGCUGUUUUUUAGCAAAGAGGAAUUUGGCGAAGAGCCUUUAAGACACAUCCUAGACUCCUAUCAGGCGUGCCACUUGCCACUUUUAAGGCACAGGAAUAUUUAUCUUCAGCAUCUAAAGCAGAUCAUAAACGCUGGUGGCCCGUGGGAGAAUCAAGUGCUGCAAGGAAUCCUGCAAGAGAGGAAUUUGCCUCCAAAAGAGGUUGAGGAUUACUUGAGCUCGGAGUUGCCAGUUUUCUUGGAGCUGCGGGUUCGCUAUCUGCAAGCUUGUGAAAGAAUACAGGAAGCCAUGGCUCUGGCUAAGGUGUGCCUGGAGAACCACAAAACCGGAAAGCAUCUGUACUUGCAUCAGGCGUACCUAACCUGCCUCUACAAGACUUCAUUGCACGAGCACCUUCACAAGGAGAUGGCAGAUAUCGAUGGCCACGAUGCAGUGGAGAUCAUCUGUAACACAGAACGAGUAGAAAAAGAUGAGCUCCUUUUGUCAUUGUGCAAAGCAUUCCUGGCCCAGCAGUUACACAAUGGAGACAUGUACUACAUAUGGGACCUGGUGUUCAUCUGGAGCAGGUUGCAUCUUCGAGCCCACCCGUCUACACCAGACUUCCUGGCUGAGUGUUUGCAGCUAGCGUCCUCUGCAACCAACGUCCGGGCCAUCUUUCCCUUCAUCAAACUGGUUACCAGUGAGGUUGGUGUUGACGGAGUGCAAGCCUGCAUGGAGCUUUGUGCCCGAGCCUUGCAGCUGUGUGACACUCAAGCUGAUGCCGUCGCUCAAUCACUGGUGUACAAGACCAUUGCCUUCCUCCUGCCCAGAGACCUGGAGAUCUGUCGCGCGUGCGCCCUGCUGGUGUUCUGUCUGGAGCGAAGCCUCGAAACUUACCGAACCGUGCGCCUGCUUUACAUGCACCCCGACCAGGAGCCGCAUCCUCACGACAGCCCUGUUCGAACCAACGUUCGCUUCAAAAUCCUGCAGAUGCUCAAGGAACGUCUGUGUUUUGACCCAGAGUUUUGGAAUAUCCUGGCACUCAGGACUCGCUGCUUGGAGCUGAUAAAUGACAAUGUCAUGAAAGAUGCUCUUCUCAGUGAGAUUGAGGAGGAAGAAGAAGAGGAAUACUGCGAAGAGUUGUCUACAAGCACUUGUAUAAACGAUUCUUAUGUUCAAGAUUUAAGUUCCUCCAAGUGCACUGAAACUGCAUUUGAGGACCAGACCCCUCCACAGGAAUGUACUUCCGAUAGCAAUAAGGCAAUUAUCCCAUCAAGUCACGCUUCUCUGAGGAAGAGAAAAUGGGGCAAGAGAUUGCAUAGGAGAAUCCAGCUUGAUGAUGAUGGGGAUGAUGAAGCGGACCAAGGGGAUGAUCCAGAGUUCACAUACAAUCUCAAACCUGCCUCUUUAUCCAGUAAAGCAGUGUAUGCACUAAGACGCAAUCAUACCAAGAGGGAAAAUUGUUCUUCCGUGAAGCUCCCUCUUAACCGAGAGUAUUUAUCUCGGUGUGUGAAAAGCCAAAUAAUGAAAAGGAAGGGCAGGAGGAAGAGAUGGUUGCAAGGUCUUCCGACGCUGGAGGCAGCACAGACCGUGCAAGAGAAGGUAGUCUUAGUGAAAGGGAAGAAGCGAGGCAGGAAGCCUUCGCAAAAGUGGGAAGUCUCUUACCCCGAUAAUGAAAUAUCUCUUCCCGAGGAGGAGUUUGUUCUCAGGGAGAACUCUGAAACGGGAAACACGGUGGAGAAUGAACUAGAACUGGAGCGUGCACAGAAGCAAGGACGGGGAAGUGACUGCAGUGAAACCCAAGAGGAUGGUUCUGAUAUUUGUAGUCCUGCCUCUGAGCCUCAGACUGUGGCCCCUGCUGUUGAAGCUGACCGCGAGCUUGACAGACCACGCUUAGACUUCAUCAGUUAUCCGGUGGAACUGUUACACAAUUACCAUCUUUCGUCCACAAACAAUGACACGGGGCAGCCUGCAGAAUCCUCUGCACAUGGAGUCGGAGAGUCACAACUCCCUGAGGAGUCAAGCCCAAAGGGGAAGAGAAGUCUUACGUGGAAGGAAAAGUUUCAACGAGGUCAGAAGUACUGUCAUAUAAAAUACUACUGUAGCCUCUGUCAGAAAAGCUAUAAAGGCUUAAACGUUUGGAGGCAUGCUGUCGCUCACCUGAAGAGGAGCAGGAGAUGCAUCCUCUGCGGGAAACGCUUCCCAAACCACCAGGGAGCUAAAAAGCAUAUUUGGGAUCACAUUGAGGAGCUGCGCAAGAACAACAAUAAAGAGGUACAGGAAAUUCCAGCCACGAACGGAAUGACGAAGGAUCAGACUGAAAAAGUGCCGAAAGUUUCAAGUGCGCACACGCAGAGACUGUCCAGUGUUAAGCAUUCCAAGCUUAGUCGGGAAGAACGAAUAAUCCGAAACUUCCGCUUCCUCCUGAAGAAGUUGAAAAAAGAUGACACCAACGUAGCAAUGCAGUUCGGCUUCGAGGACGAGCAGGUCGUCAUCAAAGACAGCCUGGUGAUUGUCAGAAGUCCGCAUGCGUCCAAAAAGGAGAAUGAACUCGAAGGAGAGGACAAGCCAGCGGGAGAAAACGGCUACGGUGUGGACCUCAAGUGUCUCUUGUGCCCUUCCGUGUCCUGUGAUCGAGUCUUCCUGAAAAUCAGCAGCACCAUGAUCAAGCAUGCCACCAGCUGUCAUCUCCACGAGGAUGUGGUUCUGGACAAAACCUUUGUGUGGUCCAAGCACAAGUGCACCUUCUGUUCUAGGAAGAUGCAGAUCCUCCAGCAUUACAAGGAACACAUAAGGCGCCAUGAUCCCUCCAUGCCACACUUCUGCUACCAUUCGCACUGCGACCGGCGCUUUCUGACGCCACAGGAACUGAAAGAGCACGUCAAUACCCACAAUCCUUUCCAGCCGCAGUGUGUUUUCACCAACUGCGACAGGCAGUUCUCCACUUUACUGAGUCUCUUUGACCACGAAUGGAGACACUACGUCCCAGCGCCUCAUGUCGACUCAAGUGCCAACCGGAUCCAGAGGGAAAGCAUCAAGGCUCCCUGGAAGCAGAGGGUAAAGGUGGAGGAGCUCUGGUUACAGAAACCAGGACCCAGGGAGAGUUUCAACUCUAGUCGUGUUUGUGAGAAUGCUUAUCUUGGAGACCUCAGGGAAACAAGCAAAGUUAGAGAGGAUAACGAUUGUUUGAAGGCCACAGAGAACAACAGACAGCCUGUCAAUGGGUGUGAGGACGUGAGGCAAGUAUCAAGUAUCACUCCCCCUCAGCGCACCGAUGCAGCCCCUCCUAAAAAAAAGAAGUCCCCGACCAAAAAGCCUAUUUCGGACCCCUUGAAUGUCAAGGAACCGGAGAGAGGGACUGGGCUGCCUGAGGUCGUCCAGCACAAGGUGCAUGAGCCUCUCAUCACCGAGCACAAGAACUUCAACCCUCAAGAUCAGUCUUACCCGCCUUCAAGGAAAGCCCCUUUCAUCCGGCCACCGCCCUCCAGCUACAUGGAUGAGUCUCUGCUGGCCAUGCGCAAGAGGAGAGACAUCAACCAGGACUCUAAGACGGACGAUUGUCCCUCGGGCUCAAAAAGCCAGAAGGACCACGAGCAGAAGAUCAGACAUCGAUGCAAGAAGUGUCUGUCGUCCUUCAACAGUGUGCAAGACUUGGAGAAACACACGGCACUCAACACCUGCUCCGCACUCUUUGGCUUCGACUCGGAUGACGAAAGUUAGUCAGCUGCUUCCACUCGCUUCGCCAGUCUCUCAAAACUGUUCGACAAAAAAGUACAUCAAGUAGUUCUGUGGACUGACCUUAAACAGAAGUACACACUCGUACAUCUUUACUUUGUUGUCUGGAUCAGACCCCGACUGUUCCUCAUUGCUUCAGUCCUCACUCGGUGACAGUGUGAAUGCUUGUUUUCCCAUGACUAGGUAGGGCUAGAGUAGGGCUGUAGUCUGGGCUAGGGCUAGACUACGGCUGUCUUACCUAGUCAGACUAGUGUUUGUCCCACCUAGUCUUUGAGCAUGAACCGAUGAAGCCUGCUCGGAUCAGAGGCGAAACGUCUUCUAAGAAAACCUGAAGACAACCUGGACACUCCAGGCGUACGAAUGCUUGUCUAUAGGGGUGGUGUCCCGAUACAACUUUUUCACUUUCAAUACGAUAUUGCAGCCUCGAGUAUUGGCCAAUACUGCUAUUGAUCCGAUAACAGCACGUUUGAUACAUACCUUUUAUGACUUAUUUUAUAAUGUGGGAUGUUAGAAAAGGCUUGAUCAAGUGAUAUUACUCAGACAACGACAGUUAGCAACAGUAGGUAUGAGAAAGCUCACUUCCUCAUACUUUGCAGAUGUUUAGGACAUUUUGCCCUGUCAUGGUAACAAAUUAUGCUGGUCGAUAAUUGUGCUCCAAAAUAUCGACGAUAUAUGAUAAUAUUUUUUUGGUGCCAUUUUUCAUAGAUCAUGAGUGUAAUGCAAAUUUGAACCACUGGAUGCUACUCAAGUAUAGUGUACCCGCGUGAGCUUCAGUCAGUCACACAGAAGUUCUGAGACCAUUUUUUCAUUAUUCUUAUGGCAUAAUGCGAAUACAUCGUAUCAAAUGGAAUAAACUUAAAUUACGCAAGAGUAUUUAACAAUCGGAAUGUCAAGAGGUUUUAAAUACAAAACAUUAAACAAAAAUAAAAGCGUUCUCCCAGGCACUUCUACACAAACAUUUCCAACAUUUUUCGAAAUAUUGGCUUUUCCACCGUAUUGAAUGGUUGGAUUUCUUUUGCAAAGUAGCGACCCCCACACUGUCUGUGAAAGCACAGCAUUUUGCUUGUAUUUACUUCGCCAACCAAACGCCACAGGGGAUUGCGCUUGGUAGGGUUGUCUCGAACUAAGGAUUUUCAUAGCUGAACCUGAUUCGUUACUACUUUUUCCACAUCAAAGAAAAAUGCUAUAACACUCAGAUAAGCAAAUAAACAUGGUAGGUGUGCAACAACGGUACCUUUUAUUUAUUCAGUGACAGAGAAAGCAGUUCACCUAUGCUGUAAAAUCCAUUAGUUAACCCUUAUUUUUAAAAAAAAACAAACACAUGCAAACUGAUUGCCUUGAAAAAAACAAGUGAAUGGAACUUAAGUUAUAGUUGACCACAAUAGAUGUUUGUUUUACUUGGUACAUUCAAGUGAGAUUAACCUUUUUUUUUUUUUUUUUAAAGAUAAGUUUGUUCUACUUAUUGGUCUGAGUUGAGAGUGCUAUUGCAUUUUACAGCGUAGAUGCAUAGGCAUCCGCUUCCGGUCUUGUCUGUUUCAGCCGCUGUUCUAUCAGCCCGAAGGAUUUGGGAGUCUGCUAGCUCAAUAACAUUGUCCGGUACACCGCUGUUUUAGUCAUGUCUUGGUGAAAAUUAUGAUGUUGCAGUCCAAAAGUCUCUUACAGAGGUCUCUUUCGGUGGAGUCGUAACUUGUCCAUUUUAUUCACUAACGGCUGCACAUUAGCGAGGAAAAUGCUCAGUAAACAGAGUCUGUGCGGUCUUAGCUUGAGCUUAGCUUGUAUUACAUUGUAAUGCAUUCCUCGCGUUUGUUUACGUUGUUGGUGUCUGUGGACUCCGGUACUCUGGAGAUCUCGGGGACGAGUCGAAGAUUGGUGAUUAAAAACUUUGGCUCUGCGAAAUACAGUACCCAAAAUCUCUUGUCGAGUGUAAAAUGUUAAACCAGACCCUUUUUAAGCAAAAUAGUAACUAAAAAAACUGCUAAUUUGGAAGAGACACUGGGCUUUGCCGCAUGUACUCGCUGCCAUCUUGUGUAAGUUAGAUGUUAAAUGCACAUGAUUUUUAAUUCUUCAUUAACACAAAUGAGACUGAAUUUGUAUUCUAAUAGGCUAUUUAUAACAAAAACACAGGCAUUCUAUUUAAGAAUGUACGCUCAGCAUCAGCCGUCACAUGACAUUUUUGUAUGAUUUGACUGUGAGCUUGAUAGUCGAAUCAGACUCCUCCGAAUCAAAUUGUCGAAUAGUGGACUAUUCUAAGACACUGCUUGGCGGGUUUUGCCAUCCGCUGUGGCGUCUUUUUUGUAACCUACACAUGGCUCCUGCUCCUUGCUAGUUUGUUAGCACGUUAGCAAACACUGUUGUCAUCGUGUAGGCUCUAUCCAGGUGCUGCCGGAGCGGAGUCUGGAACGGACUACUUGUAUCGGUGAUUAAUAUCGGAGAUUUUACAUGUUGGCCGAUAUAAUACAAUUUUUUGCUGAUAUCGGAUCGGGACACCCCUAGUCCAGGUCGCAGUCUUGCCUUUUGCUCCAAGUCCUCAUAGGCAGCAGUAAGCGUCUUCACUUGACAGUCUUCCGCACGAAUCAGCCUUUGACGUGACAGUUAAUAUCCGGUAUUGAUAUGUAGUGUGUUUUUGUUGCAGAGCUUCCACAUUAGGAUGAAACUAAACAGAUACUUAUUCAAUAGCAAUCACCAAAAUGUAUGAAAUUGUCUGCCCUCAUACGGUCACAGAGUAUGAAUGUAUAUUAUGUAUACAUUUGUGUUAUUUACUAUUUGUAUUAAUGCCAACACCUAGUAAUUAUUCAACCAUAGGAAAUAUGAUUUCAAGAAAGAUUUUGGUUUAAUCCCUUUGGUUGCUUGUAUACAAAUCUUUAAGGUGCUUCAUAUGUUUGAUAAUUUAUUGUUUUUUGGGGGGAGGGGGGUUGGGGGGGCUGUUUAUUUAUAUGUACAAAUGUAAAAAGUGAUUUGGUAUGGUAGUAAUGCCAAAGUAUUUUUGUUACGAAGUGACAAAUAUGUUCAGAUGUUUUUUUAAAAAAAGAAAAAUUCAGCAAAUUGAGUGCAUUUCUUUUAUUUAAGCAUUGCAUAUUUCAUUCAAAAACAUAUUGCUUUGUGACUUUUUUUUUUUUUUUCAUCUUAGCUUCUUCAUACCAGAGAAAAGACAGCUGUUAAUAUAGUGGACACAGCAAUGUUGCCAAGUCUACUACAAUUGAUUGCAUAUGUGGAAUUCUUUGUGGAAAGGAGUACUACAGUGGAGCCCCACUUUUUGCAGGGGUUACAAGACCACUAGUGAAUGGCAAAAAAAAACACCCCAAAAAAAUGUGUAUGUUUGACACACGCCUCGCGCCUCCCCCUCCAAAUCCUUUACUUGAUUGACGUGCUCCGAUUUCACAUCAACAUUUUUAAUUUGUAGACUAGAUUCAGCAACAUAACCUUCCCCUUUUCUCUUCAGUAUGCCUAACAAAAUAAUCGAACAGAUGGUGCGUUCAAGGACGGCCACACAAAGUGCAAAAUCUCAACACUUGAUGAAAAAACAUCAGCGAAGCAUAAAGACAAACGCAGGAGUUCUUUUUUUAACAGUGGUAAAAUGUAUGUUGUGCAUUUCACCAGUUUUAGCGUAUAUUUGCAAAUUAUUACUGAUUUAGGGUGAAUGAGGUGCGUUUUUUGCAGGAAAAAAAUGACUUAUUUUCAGAGAAAAAAAUUGUGAAUAUGCAGGGAUCCACCGUAAACAGGUCAACACUGUUAUAGGGUGAAUGAGGUGUGUUUUUUGCAGAAAAAGUUACUUAUUUUCAGAGAAACUUGAAUAUGCGGGGAUCCACUGUAAACAGGUCAACACGGUUAAUGCAGG